CAUAGUCAACACAAUGAACUAUGAAUUCAAAAGUUUUUUUUCAAAAACAAUUUUUGACGAAAUGCUUCCAAACUUUUAAACAAACUGAUUCAAAAUGCUUAAUUUUUGCAACGAAAUGUCGGUUUUCACAAAAUAGAGAAGAAAACAAGAAGCAAAGUUUCAUAACCUCAAGGUUCCGGUUAAAAGCCACACCUGUGUACGAUCCGGCGCAAACGUCAAAGUUUGUGAAAAUAUUGAAUAAAAAAGAUCGCGAGAAUUUGUUCAACGAGUUAAAUAAAUACCAAGAAUCAAAUGGAGAGAACACCAAAGCUACAAUAACAAGGUCCCAGCUAAACCUAUUAUUCACGUACCACUGCGCACCAUUCAUUGGCUUCGGGUUCCUCGAUAACGCCAUCAUGAUAUUAGCUGGAGAGUACAUCGAUGUAAAGAUUGGCGCCACGUUGGGAAUUACAACCAUGGCUGCUGCAGCUUUGGGAAAUCUCAUCUCAGAUCUUGCAGGAAUUGGGUUGGCAGGUUACGUUGAGCUAUUAUGUUGCAAACUUGGACUCCCGACCCCCGAUCUUACACCAGCACAACUAGAACUAUCAGCAACGAGAAUUGUUUCAAACUUUGGUAAAGCAAUGGGCAUUGUCAUCGGAUGUAUUAUCGGAAUGUUUCCAUUGUUACUCAUCAAAGAUAGAAAUCAAACAACGAAAUAAUUUCGUGCAAUUUAUAUUAUUUUUAUUUUUAACUUUAUUUUAUCAUUAUUGCAUUGUUGUUACACUAAACAGCAUAAGUGUUUAUAUACUCUAAUACAUUUAUAAUAACAAACCAAACGUUUGGUUUGUUUAAUAUUUUUAUAACAACCCUGGUACUAUGUUAGCAAACACGUAAAGGGCGAAAUAGCCUCUGACCUGAAUCCCGGUCCCCUGGUAUGAACCCAUGGAUGUUGUAACUCGAAGACAGCUUUUCUGGCAAUUUAUUACAAUACCGACAAAUCAAUGUCCCAUAUUUGUCUUUAUUAGGGUAAAUACUUGGUGCUUUUAUUCGUUAUAAACCAUUGGUAUGCAAAUAAAUGCCCAAAAAAUGUUGUUGAAUUAUCCACAAGUAUUAUGCGGACCUCAGUGUUUCCCAAUAACUUCUAAUGUUUCACAAACUAUGCUAAAUAUAUCUGGCAACACUGCUGUACCUAUUAUUGAUGUUUUGCAUGAUUUCUAUGUUUCGUUGCAUGAAUAAACUAUUUUCGAAUUA